AUGAAGAUCCUUUAUCUGCUCUUUUCUCUCCUCUUCUUGACACUCCAGAUUUCUCCAGGUUUGUCUUCACCCCGGAGGGAAAUGUUUCUCUGUAGAAAAGGGACCUGUCACUCUGGAAGAUGCCCCGUCCAUCUGGUUAAAGUUGGAAGUUGCUUUGGGUUCCGCUCCUGCUGUAAAUGGCCUUGGGAUGUACAAGACUUUAAUGAACCAGACAUUGAAGAGCAAUGAAAAUUUCUUCUAAACCUAGGAAUUUACUCGGGAUCUCCUUACUGCUGAAACCACUGGAUCCUGCUGCAAAGCCUAACACACCUUUCACUUCCAAUGCAAAAAGCUUUAGAGUAAAUCCAAAUGUAUUCUGCACUGCUCCCCCUCCUCCUAAAUAAACUUU